AUGACGCUAGAAGAACUGAAGGCCUUUCAACUGCAGGCAAGGUCUGUGGCGAACAGCCUCAACCAUUUGAGACGAAGUGAACAAUUUGCCAGAGCUACCGAAGUGGCUGUUGCUCUCGAAGGCAUGAUCCGUUCUUUACAUCUUGACAGUAGACAUCAUCGCAGCUCUUCGUUCUUUUUUAUUAUGUUUGGUUUGAUCACUUUGGGACAUGAAAGUCUUUAUGCACCAGCUGAGGUGCGCCAACAGAUAUUCUAUCAGUACAAAUUUGGUAGAAGACUCAUACUUGAAAUGUCCACUGCAUUAAAGAAUUUUGAAUCCACUCCUGCCGAAGGGUAUCUUUAUUGGUGGUCUUCUUUAUACGAGGACGAAGACUGGCUGUCCUAUCUACAAGAUGUUUGCUCGAAAUUGGUAAAAUAUGAUAUUACUUGGGAAUACAGAAGAGAAUAUCAAGAUGUCGUGCAAAUUGCUGAGCGUUAUUUUCAGACUCAAAGACAUCAUCGUAACAUUCUUUAA